AUGGCCAUAUAUCACCAAGCGUCGAAGUGCAGCGACCUCUUUGAUGAACUCGUUGCCCAUGAAAAUGGGCGUUUUGGUCUCUGCAGUGUAAUCCAGGAACGGUUUGAACGCUGGGCUUCUCACCAUGAUAUUUUCGCACCCAUAAUUUUAAGUCUCGAUGAGAAGCUCCGACAUCAUGCCGCAUCCUUCCAAAACUUUGUUGAGGCUCACCUGAUGUUCCUGUCAGACUGUAUAGCAAGACUGCUGAAUCGUAUCAACCGGACCAGCGAUGGUGGUACUCAUCCCCAGACUGAAGUGAAUGGACAAGAACAGAAAUCUCUGAGGGACCUCAUCUCCGAGGAAGCUGAGGAAGUUAGAUGUGUAGUUAAGGGCGUCGAUGACCUUUACAGGCUAAAUUACUCGAUAACAUCAAGGUUAGCUCAGUGCAAGAAGAUCGACAUGUUGGGAUUUGCUCACCAUCCUGAUUUCCUGACAUUCCAAGAGUUAUGCUGGGGGUCGGUCGUGACACUGUAUCCAUAUAUUCACCGAGAACUACGGGAUCGCCUAGGCGCGUCAAUGACUCGAAGGUAUGCUGCAAGGCUCCACCAGAAAUUUGUCCAACCGACGGUACAUAGACUCCAAACGCAUCCCAAUACGAUGACAGCUGAAGAUGGAGAACCCGAAGAAUCUAAUGAGGAUCGAGUGCCCAACAAAACUAUGAAGGCAAGAGGCAUUCAAGACCGGACCACCAUUUCUUCCCGAUCGGACUUCACCACAGGUGGCUCCAAACAAGGCCAAGGGAUCUUGAAUGAUUCACCGAAGUUGGGCUCAAAAUUGCAGCAGACCCGGUCAGACCAAUUCCAUCAAGACAACUACCCCGAACCUCCAAAAAAGAAUGCAGAUACCAUCACCUGUGAGUGGUGCUCUGCGGACCUUCCAGAAGAGACUCUGAAACCAGAACAUUGGAGACAACAUGUCAAUGCCGACCUUAUGCCAUAUCCGUGCAUAGAAGAGGAAUGCAUUGAGUCUCACGCUCAGUUCGCUGAAUUUGCUGAUUGGUUUAAUCACAUGCAGUGCCAUGAAGAAAAUUGGCACAAAAAAAUUUACACAGUGACGUCCUGGACGUGUCCUGACUGCUUCCGCGACGGAGGAAAGUUCAUCAGUUCACAACACCUUCUCGUUCAUUUGCUCAAGUACCAUACCGAUGUCUAUCCUGUUGAAAUACUUAAAACAAUUUCUCGCUGCAGUUCUGAAGAACUGCCAAGAGCACAAGAUGAAUGCCUUUUAUGUGGUUACAAACUUGAGCAAACGGCCCCACCUAGACAUCUAUAUUCUGGAAAGCGUCGGAAAAGGCCGCCUCGUGAGAUGAAGAGCAAAUCGGCUCGAACCAAUUUAGCAAUGAGUAAUCCCAAACCUCAUAGCUUAAGCGAUGAAAGGCCUGAAGAUGACGAUGACAUCUCGCUCGGUUCUAACUCUUCUAAGAUUAUGGCACUACAUAUCUCGGGGCAUCUGCAGAUGCUAAUGUUGCUGACUGUCCGCCUAGCAUUAAUACAGAAUAAUCAAGAGACCUCAAUCCAAGAUACCAAUAGCGGUAGCGUCAAUGCCGAGAUUGACGACAAUUCUUCCUGUGGUCUCUCGGCAACCGAUUCACUAACAUCGACUGAGGAAGAACUAUCAGAGAGUGCAUCUACUAGCGACAGCGAGUUUGACCCAGCUCUGGAGACCCCAGUUCCAGAUAACGACUUACUCAGUGAUUGGAGCCAUAUCCCCCGUCGUGAUGUGGCCCUUGAGGAGGACGAGUUCCUCCAGCAGGUGAUAAAAUCGGGCGCGUAUCAGUCACACCUGAAUGUUGAGAAUCAAAAACCUGCACCGGUCCCUCAAGAUACGCAUUUCACUCGGUCCAAACAACAAGCAAAUGAACGUCGGUUCAUUUGUGUCUUUGCCCCUUACGGCUGCACGAGUGCAUUCUCCACGAGGGCCGAAUGGAAACGCCACGUUUCCGUUGAGCAUCUACAAUUUGGCUUUUAUCGAUGUGAUGCUAAAGCUUGCAAAAUCCCUAAGGCUUCUUCAUCAAACGGCCAAUCCUCACACUCUGGUCCAUGUUCCUUAAAUGAGUUUAAAUACAAGGAUGGCCUUGUAAAGCACAUGCGUGACAUUCACUCACCAUGGGCUUUGUCGGGGUCUCGUAGACCUAGCAAGAGGGAUCGGGAGCUUUUUAAUGAUUACAUUGAAACGAAAGCUAGACAGUGUUGGGUUCUGGAACCUUCAGCACCAGAGUACAGUGUGUGCAACUUUUGCAGCCACGAAUUUUAUGGUCAAAAUUAUUGGGACGCACGCAUGGACCAUGUUGGAGACCACCUUGAGAGGGGAGACCCAGAACAAUAUGAAGAUUUCGGCUUGCGGAAAUGGGCGGUCAGAGAACGCCUUAUUAGGAAAGUAGGCAGGCACAGAUGGUUGCUCGUCUCACUGAAUCACACAUGA